AUGCCGUUCCUCGGUGUCCUCGACGACACCAAGAUCCCGCACGUCCCCGGCACCGUCAUCCUCGAAGAAGACGCGGCGCACUCGCAGGAGGUGACGGGCGGGCUCAAGCAUGGCACGGGGCGCAACGCACACAUUGUGCUGGUGCCGCAGCCCUCGAACGAUCCCAACGACCCACUCAAUUGGUCUUACACUAAGAAACUCACGGCCCUGGGCAUCACCUGCUGGGGGUCGAUCCUCUACGCCGCCGUGGUGAGCGCCAUGCUGAACUCGGCCUUUUUCGAAAUGUCCAUCGAGAUCAACACCACCAUCCCCAAACUCGUGCUGAGCUCGGGCUACCAGACCUUGGUGAUUGGCGUGACGGGCCCGCUGUUCUCGGCCCUGUCCAGGAAAUGGGGCACGAGGCCGAUUUUCCUGUUCGCGUCGGUUUUCUGCCUCAUCGCCGACAUUGUGGGCUCCUGCGUCAACACCUACGACGGGGUGCUCGCCUCGCGGAUCCUGCAAGGGUUCGCCAUUGCGCCCUACGAAUCUCUGAUCUUUACGCUCAUCAGUGACAUGUUUUUCGUCCAUGAGCGUGGCAUCUACGCGUCCUGCAUCAAUUUCAUCUUGGCUGGCAUCUCCAAUCUGACGGGUGUGGUUGCUGGCCCGAUCGCAUCGAAUAUCGGAUGGCGAUGGCUGUAUUACCUUCUGGUCCUCUUCGGCGGCAUCCAGACCAUCCUCCAGUUCCUGUUUGUCCCCGAGACCAGCUAUAUACGGGACCGGCGCUACGAGAUCGACGAGAUCAAGAACGACAACCUCCAGGACCUCGCAGCCCUCGAGUACCAGGAGAGACUGAAUUUGGAGAAACCCGGUGUGGUGGCGGCGACACACACCGAGGAGACCGGGACGCAGCGAGCGACGUCGACAACGGCCGACGAGGCUCCCGUCUACCACAAGAAGACGUUUGUGCAGGAUCUGGCCAUCUUCAGCGGCACGUACUCGAACGAGAACUUUUUUCAGCUCCUCCUCGCGCCCUUUGCCGUGGUGCUCAACCUGGCCGUGUCGUGGAUCCUGAUCGUCAACUCCAUGUUCGUGGUCCUGUACGUGGUCAUUGCGUUUUGCCUGGCGCAGCUGUUCGCGCCGCCCCCGUACCUCCUCAGCCCGGCCAGCAUCGGGUACCUCUCGCUGGGACCCUUUGUGGGCGGCAUCCUCGGGUCCAUCAUCAUGGGCGUGCUCUCGGACCCGUUCAUCAAGUGGUGCGCGCGGCGCAACCGCGGCGUCUACGAGCCCGAGUACCGGCUGAUCCCGUGCGUGCUGGGCGUGUGCUCGGGGAUCGGGCUGAUGCUUUUCGGCCACCUCGUCUCACAGGGGGCGUCGCCGUACGCAUGCGCCACCGUGCACGGCCUGAUGCUGUUCGGCGUCAUGUUCCUGUGCAUCGGCACGUCCAACUACGCGCUGGACGCGUACCGGGGGAUGGCCAACGAGAUCUUCAUCGCCAGCAUGUCGGUCAAGAACCUCAUCCUCUACGGCUUCAGCUACUUUGUCAACAACUGGACCGCCGCCGUCGGGCCCCAGCACGCCUUUUACGUGUGGGGUGGCGUCGCCUUCGCCUUGGUCGCCACCGUGCCGCCCAUGUUUGUCCUGGGCAAGAAAUACCGCAGCUACUGGGCCCGCAAUAAUUUGCUCGAGAAGAUGCACGUUCGCACGCAUGAGGAGUAG